UCCUGGCAGCCAGGUCCAAGGUAACAGCCCUCAGCCCUCACGAAGGUCUGGCUCAGGCCUGGGAGCCGGGGUGGGACGGGGUCGCUCUGACUCGGCCUGAGGAAGCGAGCACUGUUCCUGGGAUGCCGGCCCCUGCAUCUGCCCUGAGCACCUUCCUGGUUCCCGGAGCUGGCACCAAGCAGGGGCCCCUGCAGCAGCCUGCAACAUGGAUGGAGGAGUGAAGUGGGCAACCUCUUACCAAGGAGCUGUUCUGGGCCGCCCGGGCGGGCACCUCUGCUCUCACCAGUCCUCUGCCGCAGCCGCACGCCCCCGCUGCAGGACACGUGUGUCAGGCAGAUCCUGUGAUGCUGAGGUGGGGAAGGAAGCCACCCAGGCUGGACCAGGACAGGGAAAUGGAGGCCCAAGAAGGGGCUGCGUUUCCCAGAAAUCUGCUGCUUGGGUCAUGAACCUCGGGUCAGGAAGGGCUCCGAGAGCAGCUCCUACUCCACUGAGUGGCGGACAGAGGACAUCCGGGGCCCGCGAGGGGAGGGGACAGACCUCUGACCUGCUGGGUGGGAAGAGGACUAAGUGCCCAUCUGGAGUCCAGGCAGCCCGGCUCUGCCUCAGCGGCGCCCACUGGCUCACAAAGGCCUCUUCCGAGCACCUUGCCCAGCUGCCUCUCGACUCAGGCCUGGGCCUGGGUAAUUGCAGCCCUGCUUCUCGCUGCCUGCCUGGUCCGGCCCCACACUGCGGAUCCCAGAGCAUGAGGAAUAUUCUAGACCAUGACUCUGACUGCCUGUCUCGUUCCUGUUUAACCCCUACCCCCCAGUAUUCCCCAGUGCUGGCUGGAGAAAGCCUCGCUCUUCCCCGUGCCCCACUGCGGCUUCUUCCUUACGCUUGCCACCCAGGCCGGUCUGAGCCACCGACCGGCAGGCUCUGAAUAUUCCACUGGUUAAUGUUUAAUGAGUCAGGCUGCUGCCAGAACCAUCAGGCUCAGCCCAGGCGGCACCAUCUGGUCCUUGCCCUCUCCUGGAGUUUAGUCUAGGGGGAGUUAAAUACUUAAGUGUAACAGUAAGAUAAGUGGCGAGCGCUGUAAAGGAUUUAUGCAGCGCCAAGUGAGUUGCAGUCUUUUGCCGAGAAGACCCCCACCUGAUCCCACCCUGCCUGGCCCUUUGCCCGGUGACUCCUGUAGGCUUCCUAGAUGUCUGUGUGGGGUUGUUAGCUCCCUUGGCACCCCAGUGAGUGUCCAUGUUGGGGUUCUCAUCACAGUGAGUGAUUUAUCCACCUGUCUGUCACAUCUGACCCUGAACUCCUCAAAGGAAGACGUCUGGAGGCUGGUGGCCUAGUGUCGCCAGGAGCUGUGAGGUACAGGCACACAGUAGGUGCAUCGCCGUCGUUGACUGUUAACACAGCAGACCUCUGUGCUUGUCUCCCAGAACAGAGCAGUUCGCCCCCGAUCCACUGUCCAUUCACUCGUGUGCUGCUUUCAUCCACAAAUCAGAGCGAGCCAACUGGCCUCCACCCGCCACACCUUGAUAGGAGCCAGUUGAUUGGGAGGGUGGGUGCUGGCAACGAAAAGGUCAUCCUGGCUGGGCCCUCGAGGGGACAGUGCAGCAUUCACACAGGCGGCCCUGGAUGAAGGCAGGUUGGGGUGACGGUGUGGGAGAAGGAAGGGUCGGAAGGACACAAGGCGUGUGCACAGCUGCUGGGGUGGGGCACCUGAGCAGGCAGCCAGGUGUGUGGGCAAGGAGCUGAGGGCCACAUGGGAGGACCUGCGGCCAGCUCCCACUCCUGCUGGCAGACAAAGGGACUGGAAGCAUGAUCUCAGGCCGUGGCUUUCCAAAGCUUUGUGAAUGUGACCAGGAGCAAGAAACACAUGAUAUCACAACCUGGCAUAAGGCAUAAAACUUUAAACCAGUUUCAGGACAGAAUUCAUGCUUACUACCCGGAAGGCACUCCAUUAUUGUCUCCUCUAUUUUAUCACAAUCAUCAUUAAUCAUUCUGAUUUAUUUAAUCAAUGAAAGUACUGCAUUAGCUUCAAGAUCCGCCAGGAGGUCACGACCUGCAACUUGAAAAACACGGAUGUCAGCAGCCUUCUAAUCCCAUACCUACUGAUCAAGGAGUGGCUGUGGGGUCAGGUCCGUCAAGCUCCCGCAGCCAUUCGCCCCCUGCUCCCCAUCAUCAGAAGACCCUACAGCUGCAGGCUUGGCUCUCAGGGGGACAGGUUCAAACAAAGGGGAAGAGAGCAAGCUCAGGCCACUUCCUCUGCCCUGGUUCUUCCCUGCCUUCCACCCCCAGCUCUGAGAAGCUGGCCGCCGGGCCUGGUGCAUGGGCUGGGAAGUAGGAGGUUGAAAGCCUGGCUGCGUUCUGGCUUCUGGCCCAUCCCUGGGGGCCGCUCCUGCCUUCCAUAGUGGGGAUGGCUCUUGUCUGUGCUGACCACCUCCCCUGCGGGCCUGCCAUCUUGGCUUGGCAGAGCAUGGGGACAAGGGUUGGAGUCCCUGCGCUCUCUCCCAUCCAAGCCUCUGUCCAAACGUUUCUUCCACCUGAGUUGUCUGAGGCUUUGGGAGAGAUCUGGGCAACUUAGGGAGGGGAGGUGACACCAACUCACAGCCUUUAACUUCCAGAGCAGUAGAGCCAGAAGGGACCUUGGAAAUGGGAUCCAGACCCCUCCUUUCACUGAUGUGGAAACUGAGGUCCUAGGAGGAGAAAAAGCUCACGCAGAUUGCACAAGAGCUAGUCUCAGCAGGACUGGAGACUCGGGGGUCCUGGCUGUGAAUCCAUUGCUUUUUCUUUCCAUUGUUGGUCUGCACAAAGGGAGAGUGGGAGGGAGACUUAAGAAAUGUCCUGUUUGCAAGAACUGCCUCGGAGGCCUACAUCCUGCUGUGCUUCUGCCCCCACCCCCCGCCCGCCACUUUCUGCGGACCCUGCCAGGGCCCCUGCCCUGUGUGGGCUGCAAAAGAAGGGCGUGGGACAGUGACGUCCCGGCUCUGACCCUGUGCUGCCUUGGCCUCUCUUCUGCGAGUGUGGGGUGUUCCUCCCACCUGCAAGACUGACAGGAGGAAGAUAAAACCUGUGGGAACGUGCUGCUUUCCUGGGGCCUCAGGAUUAGGACAGUGGCUUCUAAUCCUUUCUUUCUGGAGACACUGGAUAUGGCCUGAAAUCCAGGCAGAGGCGUCCUCCCCUGCCCAGAGCAGUCUUGGCUCCCCGGACCCUCGGGGCACUCUGCCUGCUCAGCUUGAUUUCCUUUUCCACAUUUCUCAUCCCCGUCUGGACCCGCAGCUUUUUGGGGCCAGACCCACCCGAAGUCCUCCCUGCCAUCAGGGAGCCCUACAGAGGGGAAGGGUUUGCGGUCUUGGUCAAAAGUGCCUGUGUUCAGGUUCCUACUGCUGGCGUGCUUGUGGCCUUGGGGGUGGCUUAGUUCCCCUUGCUGAGCUCAGACUUCUCAUCCAUGUACUGAAGACCAUGGAAGUCUGCAGCCAUACCACCACGAACACGCCUGAUCUCCUCUGAAGACCAUGGGCGGCACUUUGAAAAUCAAGUGAGGGGCCGUGCGUGGUGGCACACUGAACUGCAUA